AUGGGGUACAUGGACAAGUAUCUGCCCGCGUCCAACGCCACAGCAGGUAACAUCACCAUCCCCGCCACCGCUGCCUCCUUCGACGCGGCCUCGGUACUGGUCCUGAUUGUGACCCUCUGUGCCUUCUGCGCCCCGGUGUUCGUGCUGUUUCCCCCCUUUCCGCCGCGGAAGAGCGAUGCACUCCCGGUAACCCACACCAGGCUCGGUCUGCAGCCGUCAAAGUCGAACCUGCGCGACCACCGCGCUGCCGGCCGUGCCGGCCCGGGCGCGCCCGCGGUCAAGUCGCUCUUCAUCUACCCCAUCAAGUCGUGCAUGGGCAUCGAGGUCACCAAGGCAAAGGUCGUCCAUACCGGGCUGGAGUUCGACAGGCUCUUCACCUUUGCCCAGCUCAAGCGCGCAGGUAACGAUCCCAAGGGCGACGACCAGCCCGCCUCAUGGGAGUUCAUCACGCAGCGGGCGUUCCCCCUGCUCGCGACGCUCCAGCUGGAGCUGUGGCAGCCGGACCUGGACAAGCUCAGGGGUGGCGAGCGGGAGACCAAGUCGGACGACACCUUCCUGGUCCUGCGGUUCCCCCACAGGCGGGCCGGCGCCGCCGGCCUCCUGCAGGCGUUCGCGGCCAAGUGCCUGAGGGGCUGGAGGGCCGUCCCCGAGGAGGAGGUGCUACUCCCCGUGGCGUUCCCCUCGCCCGCGGAUAUCACCGCCAAGGGAUACAAGCGAGACCGCGUGCGCGUCUGGCAGGACACGGUCACCGCGCUCAACAUGGGGAAUGAGCUGCCCGAGGCGCUGGCGCGGUACCUGGGCGUGAGCAACCGCCUGGGGCUCUUCCGCAUCGACCCAGCGGACUUGCGGCCUGUGUUCAAGUGUGCGCCGGCGAAGGAGGCGGCUGGGUACCAGCCGGUCGUCAGCUUCCAGGACUCCUAUCCUCUGCACGUCCUCGGGCUGUCGAGUGUGCAAGAAUUAGAGAGUCGGGUCGAGAAGGAUGCAGACCUACGCGAUCUGGACCCUAAGAGGUUCCGCGCCAACAUCUUUGUCAGUGGCACUCCUGCAUACGACGAGGACUCGUGGACAAAGAUCAGGCUCACGGAUCCGUCUCACAAGGAGGACCAAUCGGUCUUUCAUGUUUCGUGCCGAACCACGAGAUGCAAAUUGCCAAAUGUAAAUCCAGCAACCGGCAUUCGCCACCGUGUCGAGCCAGACAGGACACUCAGAGCCAGGAGAGAGAUUGACGAGGGUGCGCCAAAAAAGGGCUGCCUGGGCAUGCAAGUGACGCCCCUUUUCGACAAGCCCGAAUCCCCAGAGAGCCACCUGGUCGUGGGCAUGUCGAUAGAGGUGCUUGAGAGAGGAGAGCAUUUCUUCAAAGCUGUGUAG